UGAUUGGCACCCUGCUGCUCGUACCGCUGGCUGCACCACCACCAUGCAAACACACACAAAGCAGCUUGUGUUUCGGAUUCCUUCGUCGAUCAUUGCAAUUUCAUGAAAUAUGCGAGUCUCCACAAAGCUAUGAGAAGGUGUGAGCAGGUGUAAGAGAAGAGAAAACACACGACGCCCGGCUGGAUUAAGCUGUUCACCUCACUGAUCUGUACAAAGAUGCCGGAGGUUCGGGACCUUUCUGAAGCUCUGCCAGAGAUGCCCAUGGACCCCAUCACCGGAGUGGGAGUAGUGGCCUCCAGGAACAGGGCCCCCACCGGAUAUGAUGUGGUGUCGACGACAACAGACGGUUUGGAUGCCGACCUUUGGAAAGACGGCCUCUUCAAAUCCAAAGUGACCCGCUACCUCUGCUUCACGCGGGUCUUCUCUAAAGAAAACAGCCAUUUAGGUAACGUCCUUGUUGACAUGAAGCUGAUCGAUAUAAAGGACACUCUGCCCGUUGGGUUCAUCCCCAUCCAGGAGACCGUCGACACACAGGAGCAGGCGUUCAGGAAGAGGCGACUCUGCAUCAAGUUUAUUCCUCGGGACUCCACAGAAGCCGCCAUCUGUGACAUCCGCAUCCUGGGACGCUCCAAACAGGCCCCCCCUCAGUACACCUUCAUAGGGGAGCUGAACAACAUGGGGAUCUGGUACCGGAUGGGGAAUGUUCCUCGGGCUCAGGACUCCUCACACACCCCCACCUCCAACAACAUCCAGAACGUGAACUCAACCUCCAGCUCCAACCCGGUCCCCGCUGCUCCCAUGCCCAAGCACAUCUCCAUGACGCUCCCCGCCAGCUUCAGAGGGAAGAACACUACCAGACCGGACUACGAACACCAGAACUCCAACCUGUAUGCCAUCUCAGCGAUGGACGGAGUUCCUUUCAUGGUCUCGGAGAAGUUUGCCUGUGCCUCGUCCGAUCUGCAGCAGAUCGACCUGAUGGGAAUCACCAUCAAGUCUCUGGCUGAGAUCGAGAAAGAGUAUGACUACAGUUUCCGCACAGAGCACAGUGCAGCCGCUCGCCUCCCCCCGAGUCCAACACGGACCUCCCUGAGCUCCGAGGCCUGAGGAUGCCCCCCCCCACCCAUACCGUCAUCAUGCUCCUGCAAGGACCCACGGGAGACACCUGUACACAACUACUGAGGACAUACACACAUACUGAGAAUACAAAAACAAGAGGAAUCUGGAAUAAACCACUACACACAUCAGCUGGAUUUAAAAAGGAGGCGGAGCCUAACAGGUUUCAAGACUCGGAUAUAUCUCCGUCAUGAGAUGUUAAACAAUUUUUCUUUCUGUGAGGAUUCAUCGUGUUCCCUGUCCCCUCUGAAGGACUUGUUUCAGACCAGGAGAGGAUUAAAACAGGAGUGCUCUCUGAAACUUUACGAGAGGCGCCGCCAAGUCCGCCUCCUCUCGUUCAGACUCCUGCAGCUACACGGCGGAUCCUGAACGGGGAAUAUAAAAAAAAAAAAAGAAACUGGUUGGUUUCUUCUUCUCCUGAUGGGAACCACUCUGAUGAUCUUUCGAUGUUACUGUAAAAUAAUGUACGUGUGACUGUGAGUGCACUUUGUGUUUGGACUUUCAGUGUGUGUUAACCACUUGUGUGCUGCACGUCUGUGGACACGAGCCGCAGCUUUACUGUUACUGUGUAAAGGUUUCUGCAGCGGGACGCCUCUCUCUCCCGCUGCACGUCACGAGCCACUAACCUGUUCCUCUCUGAGUUUAAUCGACCUUGUGUGUGCUGACGUCUUUGUAAGAGCCGGGCACCAUUUUAUUCUUUUUUUUUUUUUUUUUUUUCAGUGAUUCCUAAUAACACUCGUCUCAUUUUUAAUAUGAACACUUUAAAAGAGGAAUAUUGAGUUAAUGGUUAAACACUCCAGCUGCACGUGUUCAAGUGCUCGCCGCUCUGUCGAAGCGAUCACAUUUUAAGUUGUUUACGUUACCAACGUUUGUUACACUCUUUAUAUCACUCCUCCAAUAAUCAGACUGUCUGUGUGCGACUUAUAUCAGACCACCUUCUGCGAGUUUCCAGUUUUAAAAAUCAACCUCCAGGCAGUUUGAUUUGCUGGUUAUUCAUCUUCAAGCCGCCUCCAUGUUUACCUGUGAAGAUCUUUUUAUUAUUGAGUCUCAUCAGACGUUGAGUUCUCAUCACUCUCACUUCUCUGCUGCUCUUUUAUAACCUCAACGUUUUUACACUAAUGUUUUUUUUAUUUCUUCCUGCUUUGUUUUAGUUUUUCUAUCACCUGUUAAGAUGAUGUUGUGACUCCCAAGUUUCCACAAAGUCUGCACGCUGAGGUCCGUCAGCGCCGUGCAUGAAGCCGCCGUCCGCUGCCAUCAUAGUCGAUGCUAAGCUUCCACUGCUACUCUGCUCCGUUUCAAAUACGCUGCGAGUCUAUUUUUUUAUGGAGCUCGCUGCAGGCAUGCGUCCAGCUGGACAGAAUAUAUCGACCCGGACAGGAAGUCAGACAAGGAAAUUUCAAAAUAAAACAGACACACGAUCGUAUUAUUCACCACUUUAUCAACAUGACAUCAAAACAGGCGCAAAGCAACAUGUUUACACGUUCUCUUUAGUCCCAUGUGAUCUUGAAGUUCUCCUGAGAUCUUGGAGUUCUCCUGAGAUCUUGGAGUUCUCCUGUGAUGUGUGUACGGCUGCACUCACACUCCAGAAUAGGAGCCAAGUUGUGGUGCUGACUGACCUCAGCGUUCAUAGACUUUGUGGAAAUCUGGAGUAAAGCCCCCCUCCUACCCCCCCGUAGCGUCAAACCACAAACGCCUUCUCUGAGAUGUCUCUCUUCACUUUGUUUACGUCUCUCGAAUCAGAAUAAUGAGUUUAACUCUGAGUUCUUUGGUUUAGAAGAUUGAACACCGUUUGUAUUUCACUGUUUUUGUUUCUGGAGCCAGAUGUUCAAAAAGUUUUUUUCUCUUUAUUUUCUUUAAAUGUUUCUGAAACUUUAUCACGUCACAGCUAGGGAUGGGGAUCAAACCCGGUUCCAUGAGGACCUGUGUCCGCUUAUUUCAAACCCUGAAAAUCCAUCUCCUUUGAGCUCAUCGAUACUGCUGUUGCGUCGCGUCAUGAGUCUCAACUGGACGAGCCUCAGGACCAAGCUGCAACAUUGGUUGUCCUCCAUCUUUGUUUUUCUUCUGAACUCACGUUUUAUCACGUGUGUUUCUGUGAGAUCUCGUGUCUGUGGAAUUACAAUGUUAGAAAAUGGUCCUCAUGUCUCUGGUCUCUGAGAACCGUCCCGUGUAAAUCCAGCUGACAGCAAGAGUCUUGAGUUCAGUUAAAACGCUGUCGUCUCGUCUUUCCCCGUGAUAAUAUCGAUGGUUGUGUUGGUAAAGACGCAGGUCAUUCAGGAGUUAAGAGUCUUUAUCUUUAAUGAUCCCCAUCCCAGUCACACCUGCAUGGAUCAACUUGUGUUGAAUAUUUUUGUUUGUCUAAUUUAUUAGUCAUGUCAGUAUUGUGCGAUGUUGCUUUCAGCUGUGUAACCUGUAGAAUCGUCUCUCUGCACUGCCGCCAUGUUGGACACGUGACGCUCCGAGCUGAGCUGCACCACACGUAUCGUUUCUUAGCCGCUCACUAAUCUGGCGUCUGCAUUAACCACAGUUAACAGUCUUAUUAGUUUGCAUGCAGGAUAUCCGAGGUUUGAACAGAAAUAUCAAAUGUAUUCUGAGAAGAACAAAAAAAAAAACCCACGAGCGUAGAGUUUGUAUUCUGAGGAAGUUUUUAUUAAAGGACGAUGGUUGAAGAGUUUGACCUGAA